CGCGAGAUGGGGCGAACGCCGCGCCAAGCGUGAGCGUGGAAUGCCCACUGAGAACGCCCAUGCAGAAAGCAACGCCCGCGUCUCGCCGCCCAUCGCAUCACCCGCCCCUUGUCUAUGCGUGCGAUUGCCUCUCCCUCACUCCGUUCACUCGGCCUCCAUCUCUCCCGCCCCCAGCUUCUCGGUCCCAAUCAGCUCUCCAGUCUUGUCACAUUCUCAUCGGCUACGUACUGUGUACAGCCUUGAUCCCCUCUCCCUCACUUUGAAUCUCUCGCUUCGCGUUCAAAAAAUCGCACCGCAACUUCGCUCAACCAGCGCACAACUAUCGACCAAGCGCGCGCCAUUCUUUCGC